UGUAAUAUACUUGAGUGUUCUUAAUAAAAUAAAAAUUCCUUGUUAUAAGAUAAUUGUUUCCUUUCUUAAAGACUUUAUCAACCCCUUUGAUCCUAAGCACCUCCUUUGUGGUUAUACCUACUAAGUGUUUGUAAAUUAGGUUAGAAGUUUAGGAUUUAAAGAUGUUCAAAUAAUUCUUUAGGAUGAGACCUUUUGAUAUGUUCAUUCUUUUUGAACAACUUGAUAUGUUCGUUCAGUUAAAGUUUUAUUUGUGAGAAUGGUAUUAACGCCGGCUGGUCCCGGGAGGAUUGUUUGGACCAAGCCUAGACACCUCCUAGUUAACAAAAUAUAAAUUAUUUGUGGGCCGCGUGUUCUCCACAGAUGAGAGAAAUGAAGCAGAGGAUGAGCAUUGGCAUGAACUGGCUCGUCCUCAAGUUCAUGGUCAUGACAUUAAUUGUGUGGCUAUGGUUCAAGGUAAAGGCAACGACCGUUUAUCUUUAUUGAAGACACUGAACCAUUACUUGUGCCUGAGGAGAAGGUAGCCUCCCAGAGGAUUUACAAGCAGAUGUGCAGGUCCUUGGCUCAAUUUGCAUCCAUGGCGGAAAUAUGGCGAUGGGAGGUUGGGACAUGGAAAGCUGUUGGUCGUUUGCAGUCUCACAGCUUGGACAGUGACACCCUUGGAGUUCUCUUAAGAUUGACAUUCUGUGCUUGUGUGUCUCCGGAGAUAGUCACUUCUCAGUUUUCUCUAUCCAAAGAACAGCGGUUUAGUCUUGAAUAUUGUCCUCUAAGUCUGUGUCUGUCUUUGUCUUCCUUGAUCAACUCUGAUAAGACAAUGGCGAGGUUAGUCACAAACUCAUGGCAAAAGGCUGAAGCACAAAAGAGGUUCAUCUGGGCUUGUUCAUGGAGACCGUUUGGCCACCAGUUUGAACCUUCAUCAAGAGAUAAGACUCUGAAGAUCUGGCCCUUCGAGAAAGAUGCUCGGGUCAAACAGGUUCUUGCUUUGCCUCAAUUUGGGAGCAGUGUCACAGCCGUAGGAUGGACAAGACUAGACCACAAGGAGAAGAGCAGGGUGCAUAGCAUUUGGGAUGGAGGGUGGAGUUAGAGUUGUGGAAAAUAAAGAUCAAAGAAACAGAGGAAGCUACAACAGUAACACCAUGUCUUGCUCUGAGGCUCGAACUGUGCAUGUAUCAUGUCUAUCCCGUGAACCCGUUAAACAUGGAGACCAACCGAGAGUAACCAGAACUCUCUUUCCCUAUAAGCUAUAGCCACUGUACUGGUUAUGUAAAAUUUUGGUGCCCAAGUUGAAACAUGUCAUCAAAUCAAAACG